UCCAGUUUGCCUACCGGGAGUGGAAGACGCAGUCAACAUAGCUCUGCAUUCAACACCAUCAUCCCGGAACUCCUCACCCCCAAACUUCUCCACCUCGGUGUGUCCCCUACGAUCUGCCAGUGGAUCCUCAGCUUCCUGACGGGACGGACACAACAGGUGAGACUGGGAGCAACAACCUCAUCAACGCGCACCACCAGCACUGGAACCCCACAGGGAUGUGUCCUCUCUCCACUGCUCUUCUCCCUCUACACGAACGGUUGCACCUCAACAAUUUAGCUGUCAAACUCAUAAAGUUCGCAGACGACAACGCGGUCAUCGGUCUCAUCGAAGACGGCAACGAGUCUGCGUACCGCCAACAUGUGGAGCAGCUGGAGCUCUGGUGCAGCCGACACAACCUCGGGCUGAACACGCUCAAGACUGUAGAGAUGAUCGUGGACUUCUGGAAACAUUCUUCUCCACAGUUGCCCCUCACACCAUCCAACUGCACUGUAUCAACCGUCGAGACCUUCGAGUUCCUGGGAAUCACAGUCUCCCAGGACAUGAAGUGGGAAGUCAACACCAUCUCCAUCCUGAAAAGGCCCCAGCAGAGGAUGUACUUACUGAGGCUGCUGAGGAAACAUGGCCUGCCACAGGAGGUACUACGACAGUUCUACACGGCAGUCAUCAAAUCAAUCCUGUGUUCUUCGAUCACGGUUUGGUUUGGGGCCGCCACAAAAAAGGACAAAAUCCCACUUCAACGGACAGUUAGGACGGCGGAAAAAAUCAUUGGCACCGCCCUACCCACUCUUGAGGACUUGCACACUGCAAGAAUGAAGACAAGGGGACGGAAAAUCCUCCUGGAUCCCCCGCACCCUGCCCACCACCUUUUCCAGCUACUCCCCUCAGACAGGCGCUACAGAUCCAUGCGCACCAAAUCCAGCAGACACUUAGCUUCUUCCCUCUAGCCAUUAACUCCCUAAACAGUCACUGACGUAGUCACUCUCUUGUACUACAAAUGCUCCUACUGGUCACUCUAAAAUGGUUCAAUGAUUUUCUGCACCAACUGUACAAACUGUCACAGUAUUGUAUUCUACCACUGAUCACUUUAGCUCUGUUGUUGUUUGUUUAUUGAACAUAAAACGUAUGCAGUAAUAUAAAGUAAAACUCUGCUUGAUACUUUGCACAUUGUCUCACUUACAUUACGAAAUAAGAUAAGAUAAGAUAAGAUAAGAUAUCCUUUAUUCGUCCCACACUGGGGAAAUUUACAGCCUCCAGCAGCAAGAAUGUAUGUAGAAAGCAGAAAGAGAAAAAAACAUCAAACAUCUUUCAAUUAAAUACAAUAUGAACACAAUGGAUAAAUCUCAGUACUAUUUACAAUUUUCUUUCACAUAAUUUAAUUAUUAUUAUGAUUGUUAUUUUUUAUUCAUCAGCCUGACAGCAGUCGGUAGGAACGAGCGUCGGUAUCUCUCCUUCUUGCAGCGCGGGUGUAACAGUCUCUGGCUGAAGGAGCUACCAAGUGCUGUCAGGGCGGGCUGGAGGGGGUGGGAGGGACUGGCCAUCAUAGCUUUUAGCUUAGUUAGCAUCCUUCUGUUGCCCACCUCCUCCAGAGUGUCAAGGGAGCAACCCAGGACAGAACUGGCCUUCCUGACCAGUCGCUCCAGUCUCUUUCUGUCCCGGGCUGAGAUGCUGCCUGACCAGCAGACAAUGCCAUAAUGGAUGGCCGAGGCCACCACCGAGUUAUAGAACGUCUUAAGGAGUGACCCCUGAACCCCAAAAGACCUCAGUUUCCUGAGUAGGAAGAGUCUGUCCUUUCCUAAUCAGGGUGUCCGUGUUUGUAGACCAGUCCAGUUUGUCGUUCAGAAGAACACCAAGGUACUUGUAGGAGGUCACCCUCUCUAUGUCCAUACCCUGGAUGUUCAUCGGUGCUGGUGAGGACUUUUUCCUGCAGAAAUCCACAACCAACUCCUUAGUUUUCCUAGGGUUGAUCUGGAGGAGAUUCUGCUGGCACCAGUCCACAAAGUCCUUUGUCAAUCCCCUGUACUCCCGAUCGUCCCCUUCUGUAAUGAGGCCAACAAUCGCAGAGUCAUCGGAGAACUUCUGAAGGUGGCAGUUUGGAGUGUCGUGUCUGAAGUCCGAGGUGUAGAGGAUGAACAGGAAUGGAGCCAGAACAGUCCCCUGCGGUGCUCCAGUGCUGCAGAAAAGCCGGUCCGACUCACAGCUCUGCAAUCUCACGUACUGCGGCCGAUUUGUGAGGUAGUCUAUGAUCCAUGCUGUGAGAUGGUGGUCCACUCCGCAGCAAAUUGCGUCCCAGCAAAUUGGGCUGGAUGGUGUUGAAGGCACUGGAGAAAUCAAAGAACAUGAUUCUCACAGUGCUCCCAGCCUUCUCCAAGUGUGACAGCACUGAGUGGAGGAGGUAGAUAAUGGCGUCUUCCACGCCGAUGCCAGGCUGAUAGGCAAACUGCAGCGGGUCCAGUGACGGGCUCACCAGCGGUCGAAGGUGGGCGAGGAUGAGUCUCUCCAGCGUCUUCAUCGGGUGAGACGUCAGCGCCACCGGUCUGUAACUGUUCAGCUCCUUAGGGUGGGGGGUCUUGGGCACUGGGACCAGGCACGAAGUUUUCCACAGCUGUGGAGCUCUGCCCAGCUUAAGGCUCAGGUUGAAGAUGUGCUGGACAAUGUUACACAGCUGGUCAGAGCAGGUCCUGAGGAGCCGGGAACUGAUCUUGUCCGGACCUGCUGCCUUCCUCACAUUCAUCUUCCUCAGUUGGUUCCUUACCUGCUCUGUUGUGACGGACAGGCAGGAACCAGGUGACAUACUGGGUUGAUGAGAGCUGGUCGAAAGAGGAGGGGGAGGAGAAGAAGUCCUCAGUGAGAGAGGUUGCAGUUUGUGGUUGGGGGAAGGGACAGACGACUGGUCGAAACGGUUUAAAAAAUGGUUCAGUCCAUCUGCCCAGUCCUUGUCCUUCUCGAUCACUGUCUUUGCGCUGUCAUGGCCUGAGAUGGUUUUCAGGCCCCUCCAGACACCAGUGACAUUGCUGGCCUGUAACUGGUCCUCCAAUUGCAUCCUGUAUAUCUUCUUCCCCUCCCUGAUCUUUCUUCUCAGCCGAAUCUGCACGUCCUUCAGUUCCUCUCUGUUUCUCGGCCGAAAAGCUCUCUUCUUCUCCUUCAGCAGGGUCUUUAUGUCAGGAUUAAUCCAUGGUUUGUUGUUGGAAAAACACCGCAGAGUUCUGGUGGGUACGGUGUUCUCCUCACAGAAGUCUAUAUAGUCCGUGAUGGUGUCAGUGAGUGCAUCAAUGUCCUCCCCAUGAACCUCGCUGAAGAGUUCCCACCUGGUUGUCUGGUCACAGUUGGCUGCCUGUGCACCAGGGGUUUGUACACAGGCUCGAGAAAUACCAAGUUGUGGUCUGCUCUUCCAAGAGGGGGGAGGGAGAGGGGUUUAUAUGACUCCUUGGUAUUGGCAUAAAACAAGUCCAAAAUAUUAUUGCCUCUAGUGGCACAGGUUACAUACUGCUUGAAGGUUGAAAGGGAGGACGACAUAGAGACAUGGUUGAAGUCCCCAGAGAUGAUCAGCAGGGCGUUGGGGGACUGUGUUUGCAGCCUGCUCACGACAGUCAUCAGGGCAUCACACGCUGCAUCACUAUUAGCCGACGGGGGGAUGUACACUGUCACGGCUAUGACGUGUGAGAAUUCCCUCGGGAGAUAAUGGGGCCUGAGGCUAAUGGCUAGCAGCUCAAUAUCCCGGCUGCAGAGUUUGUCUUUGAUCGUGAUAUGCCCCGGAUUGCACCAUUCGUCGUUCACAAAAACAGCAAGUCCCCCACCUUUUCUCUUUCCACUCCCUUCAUUCCUGUCCGCACGUAUGAGUUGGAAGCCUUGCAACUCGACAUGUGUGUCCGGAGUGAUCGCUGUUAGCCACGACUCUGUGAGUAGCAUUAGGCUAGCCUCGCGGUACUCCCUUUGAGGUCGCGUUUGCGCCGCCAGCUCAUCCAUCUUGUUAGGGAGCGAUCUUACAUUCCCCAUGAUGACGGACGGGAGGACAUGUCUGUACUUUCUCCGCCUUGUGCGGCGGUCCUUCCCGGCUCGACACCCUCGUGUCCUCCUCUUCAACUCUCGUGGGAUAUCCGGUUUGUCACCGGCCAGUAGCCCGCUGUUAGCCCGCCAUGCUAACAGCUGGUCCUUACUGUAAACAAUGGAGUUGCGUGUGCUAUCUGGAUCUCCGUUCACAGGAUACGUAAAAAGAUUAAUGUCCUUGCAUACCUAUUUGUCAUGUCCUUGUUUACGAUGAUACUAAUGCAGCGUGUUAUACCGGAGACAAAUUCCUUGUGUGUUCUUCAUACUUGGCCAAUAAAGAUGAUUUUGAUUCUGAUUCUCAUUCUGAAAUCCUCCUUGAGAUUCCAUCCCAUGGGUGCUUCUUAAAAUGUUCAAGUUGACAAGUUAAAGCAAGGCUUUUUUUUUUUUUAAUUUUGUUGAACGCUGUACCCAAGGCGAACAAAUCCUCGGUGUGGUUCCAGACAAAGCAAAUGAAACUGAUUUUGAUGGUCUAAACUAGAGGUCACCAACUCUGCCUCCAACUCUGGUCCUCAAGGCCCCAUAUCCUGCAUGUUUUAGAGACAUCCCUCCUCCAACACACCUGAUUCGAAUGAUCUGAAUCAUUAUCAGGCUUCUGUAGAGCUUGCUAAUGAGCUGAUCAUUUGAAUCAGCUGUGCUGGAGGAGGGAAAAAUCUAAAACAUAUGCAGGAUAGGGGCACUCGAGGUCCGGAGUUGGUGCCCCCUCGUCUAAACAUCUGUGAAAAUUUAAGGUUUGGUUUGUUUAUUGAACAUAAAACAUAUACAGUAAUAAUUUGACAAAAAAGGACAUUUAGCCUUCCAUGCACUACUGCAUCCAACCCUGCUGUUUUCUAUGAAGAAUGUUUGCAUUCAUUCCUGUCCAAAUUUUGCCCCUCACGUGACAGCUUCCUCCCUUCUCUAAAGAAUCAGGACAGCAAUUGAGUUGAAAAAAUAUACCGGUACUUAAAUGUAUCUAAGCUCACAGGAUUCACUUUUGCUAUCUUAAAAACAAAACAUUCCGAUAGUCAACAAUUGUGCUGUUUGGCUUGCUUUCCAACGAGGACAACUUCUCACCUCUCCAACAUUUUGAGCAUUCAAGAGCAGUUAUUCAUUUGUUUUCAAGGUAUUAUCACAUCUUUAAAUUGGUUAAUAUUGUAUAAAGAUAACAUGCAAAAUGGGGACAUACCAGUCAUAUUUUGUAGGAUAGAUAAGUGGGU